GGCGCUGGCGGGGGGGGGCGGCGGUUGCCAUGGAGACCUGGGGACGUGGGGGGGAGGGGUGAAGGGACCACCACUGCCCCCCACCUUUGACACCCCAAGACCCCCUUAGCCCAGGGGCGCCCCCAGGACCUACCCUGCCUCAGUGACGUCCUGAAGCCCUUCCCACUUAACCCUUGACCCCAGGAAGGAAAUCCCCACACCUCCUCCCAAAGGGACCCGUCUCGAGCCCACCUCCCGGCCGCAGGGCAUUCUGGGAUGGACAGCCUACGCCGCACCCCCGAUUGCCCCUAUGCAGGAAGGCCCCGCCCCUUUCUCCUCCCCCUCCCCAUUGCACUCCCGGGCUCCACCCAAGAGCUUCACCCUAGGCCCCGCCCCUACCCAUGAGGCCCCGCCCCUGGGCAACCUUUAGGCCUCCAGAGGGAGGCCCCUACGGGGGCCGUGACUUUUGCCCUUUGCACUCCCGGGGUCAGCCCCCCGCCGCCUGGCGACCUUUGACCCUUCACCGCCGCCGGCGUCUCCCGCGUCCCCCUCAGGCCGCCGCGGUGGCGCGAGUUCUGCGUGUCGUCAUCAUAGAGCGACGCGAAACCCCGCCCCCUGCUCCUGGGCGUGGCGGGGACGUCAAAGGACCGGCGGGCCCCGGGGAGGGCUGCUGCGCACGAGAGCAGGCACCCCGCUCUCAAAAAAGAUGGCGGACAAAGGCAGGGCGCUUGCCCUCAUCCAAGAUGGCCUCAUCCAGCUGAGGGCCGUGGGGCAGUGGAGGAAUCGCUGCACUCCUUGGCUGCGCUCUUCCCCCGGGGGCUGUUCGAUGACGCGCUGCCCCCCCUCGUGCUGCGCCACCAGCUCUACAGCCUGGUGCCCGCUCGCACAGCUGUGGACCAGCACCUGCAUGAAGGAGGAGGGCCUGGUCCGCCUCUUCCAGCUCGGCUUUGACACUGAUGCCUUCGGGGUAGUCUUCACUGAGGACUACAAGGCCAAGGUGGUGGAGGCGGUGGCGGGAAAGGAGUCAGAGGCGCUGGUGCGACGCUUCCUGGACUCGGUGCUCACACCCUGUGCUGACAUUAGUUAUGACACGGUGAGGAUGAUGCAGGACUUCGGUUUCCGGGACGCCGACAUCACGCAGCUGGUGGGCGCUGGAGUGCUGACGGUGCGAGACGCCGGGAGCUGGUGGCUGGCCGUGCCGGGUGCUGGACGCUUCAUGAAGGCCUUCCUGCGAGGGCGCAAGGCCGUGCUGGCCCUGAUCCAGAAGGCCCGGUACCGUGAGGUGCUGCUGGCGGAGCUGCAGAGCCGGCGCCCGCCCCGUGCUGUCCGCCUGGGGCUGCCCUACCACAUCCAUGACCUCAUCGGGGCCCAGCUGGUCCGUUGCAUCCCCAGUACCUCCGGGACUCUGCUCCGACUAGCUGACACAUGACCCUGGACUCUGUCUUGUUUUGCAGGACCUGCCUUUCCCAGCAUGCCCUGGGGCUGCCCUCUGGGGGGGUGCAGUGGCCCGGGGACUGACUGAUUUAUUUAUUUAUUGGAUGAACUCGUGCCCCCAAGGGGGCACUUGGGGGCUGGGGACCUGCACCCCCCCAGUGCCCGGGCCGGGGUCUGUGUGCCAUGCUGCCUCCAGCACCAGCCGCAGGGGGGCUCUGGUGAUAGAGGUUGGCGGGGAGGGGUGUUGGGCUGGAUGGGAGGAGGGAGAAGGAAUAAAGGGCUGUUUCUUGGU